GACUGACCUUCUCUCCCUCUUCUCCAAACUUCCUCCUCACUUUUCCCGACUUGUUGUUCUUGGCCAGAAUUUGACAAGCCGCCAUAUUCACCAGUCCAAAAAGCAACACCACUGCCUGGUUUCUCCCCACUUGAGCUCUUCUUGUUCCAUCGGCAUAAUGGGUUCCUCAUACCGCACCGAAGACAACGGCAAGAUCUCUGACCUUCCUCAGUUGCACCGCUACAUUACCGGCCACAACGCCGAUGGAAAGGCGGUUGUCCACAGCCAGAACGAUUUCGAGUGGAAGUCCUACGCUGAAGGUGAACUCGCCUUCAGCGUUGCCUACACGACAUCGGAAUUCCCAGUCAACCUCAACAAAGACGCCGACGUGGCGGAGCACACGCGAGUGCUGGAGUCGGGAAACCUCGGGCUGGUCAACCCACGCGGGACGGUCUUUCGCUGCGUGGACUUUGCGCCUGGCUACGCAUGCGGAAUGCAUCGAACGCAAAGCCUCGACUACGGCAUCGUGCUGGAGGGCGAGGUAGACAUGGUGCUCGACAGCGGGGAGGUGCACCCGAUGAAGCGGGGCGACGUUGCGAUCCAGCGGGCGACUCAACACCAAUGGGUCAACAAGAGCAAGACUGAGUGGGCGCGCAUGAUGUUUGUCUUGCAGGAUUGUCAGCCACUGGUUGUCGGUGGUCAGGAGUACAAGGAGGACCUGGGCACCAACUCGGGCUUGCCGGCCAGUGGAAACUGAUUCUGGUUGUGAAGGGUGACCGA